AUUGAAGAAGGAGGGAAAGCAGAUUUAUUGAACUCUCAGCUGCAGCCUGGAGAUGAAGUGGUGAACAUCAACGAGGUGGAGCUCAGCAGUUCCAGGCAGAAAGCCAUCUCCUUAGUGAAAGGCUCGUGCAAGAAGUUGAAACUGCUUGUCCGCAGGUAGGUAAGCGUAAGCCACGAUGGAGGUGCAAAGGGUUGUUGCGUACUGUAAGGGGUAUCGGGUGGUUGCUCGAGAGCAAUCAGGCAAGAUGCCUCACUUGUCUGUUCUAAAGCUUUAUUAUUGGUGCUAAAAACCUUUACAAUUCAGAGCGCCUCUAUUCCAUGUCUUGUUCAUUCACUGGCAGAAUCUGAGACUGGGCGGUCCUUAAAUCUUCCCCAGCAGAGUAGUUUCUUGACCCCCAGUCUACGCCUCCCCUCUCUGUGCAAAAGCCUACUGCGCAAGGAAGGCUUGGGUAACGGAGGACCUCUCUCCUCCCCGCUUUGCCCAGGCAAGGUGUCCUGGCACUGCCUUGCAUCCUCCGAGCCCUGCAUCUCCUCCCCACUAGAGGCGUGGCUUCCUUCCUCCGCUGAGGAAGUGCUGCUUCCCACGAUCUUUGGGGGCUCUCUGUAAUCCAUCCGCCUUUUCCCCUCUCGCCCCUGAGCCGAUGGCGGUUCCCUGACACGUACCAUUGCAAUUCUGUCACAAUUCUUGUGGUGCUUGCUAAAAUUAUGUGGCUAUCAAAUACCUAGGGAUCAUUGUUGCUCACCUAGCCUCUUUGUUUCAUAAAUACAAUCCAGAUAGCUGCGAAUGAGUCUAAACAUAAUGGCAGUGAUUCCAACACUUGUUUUUUCGAUGGACCACUUGAACAUUGCUCAGGGUCUUGGCAAGCCGGCCACUUAAGGAUGCUACAGCAGGCAGAAAUGCCAUGUGCUGUACUGGCUUUACCCCUCCUUACCUGGCGUCCCUCAACAAUACUGCACGUAUUGAGAAGGUCCAGGCUGUUGGGGAGAAAAAGAAUUCUCCUUCAAAUAGGAGGGUGGAGUUGCAUUAAAAGAAGAACCCAGCAGUGGUCCUGUGUGUAUUUACUCAGACAUAAGCCUCACCAAAUCCAUGGUAGAUGUUCAUAGGACUUCAGUCUUAGAAGCUUGAUCUCAUGCACCUUUUCUCAAAAGGAAUCCUGUGCUCUGUAUGUCACUUACUUAUGAGUAAGCUUUGUGGACUGAAAAUCUUGAUGGGUUUUAUGCCUCACCUGGUGUCUCCCAACGAUACCAUUCAUACUGAGGAAGAAAAGGAGGCAAGGCUCUCAGAGUUCUUGAGGCUGAAACCUUUAUUUCCUUAUAAACCUCAGCCUCCCAAGGAAGCAUACCUUUGAAAUAAAUUCCUUGAUAAUUCACAACAUCCCUUCCGUGGAGGUUUUUAAGCAGAGAUUGGAUGGCCAUCUGUCAUGUAUGAUCUAGUUGAGAUUCCCACAUUGUAUGGGGUUGGACUAGGUGACCCUUGCAGGGCUAUAACUAUGGGGGGGGGGCUAGCCUGGCAUUAUUAUUAUUAUUGCCCCAGGUGAAGCCUCCAGAGGGGUGCCAGUGAGGUUCCCAGCCUGUAUGUGUAUGUGCACAUCUAAAUGCAUGGGGAGGCAGUGGCAUAGUAUGGGUUGCCGGUGCCCGGGGCGGGGCAAGUGUUGUUUCUCCUGAUGGACUGGGCAGCUGGAGUGGGGUGGGGGUACACCGGGGGCAGGGUGCGCAUGGAGCCUGUGUGGAAUAUGAAUGAAACCCACCUCCAAUAGGCUCCUCUGCCUCCAUCCAUCUGCCCACUAGACCAACCUGCUUGCUACUGCGCCUCAGCUGCCAGGGCUCCAUGCCUGUCAUAGGGUCACCUGAUGGCGCCCCCUCAAAAAUGUGCGCCAUGGCACCCCUGGGGGUUCCAAACUGGGUCAUUGACCCGGGUGAAAUAAAGCCUAAUUUCUCCCCUGCCCUUGGGGUCUCUUCCAGCUCUACCAUUCUAUGGUUCUGUGAUUGUGUGACAUCGGUUGCUCCUAUCUCUGUGGUUCUUAAAUUUCUUCCAUUUACAGAAAAAAAAAGUCGACCCCGCCCAGUCCACACCCUGAUUCUAACGACCUGAUCACCGGAGGUUAGCAGUCCCUGAGAAAGAAGCCACGCAUGGGGCUCUGUCCUCCCCCUCCCUUUCCCCCUUUUAAUUUGGUCUAUUUUUAGAUCUAAGUUCCCUUUCCCCGCCCACACUUUAUAGCAAGAGUUCUGCAGGUGGAGGCAGAGCAGUUCACCUGGCUGAGCACACUGUGCUUCCAGAAUGGCAUAUCUGAGUCAGAAUCGGGUCAAAAACAAAACAAAACAGAAUGCGUGCAGUUUCAGUGCUGAUGUUAGCCAAGCCCAAGUGGUUUGCUGACUCCUUUCAGCGAGAACAAUCGGCUCGCAUUCCAUCAGCAUCACCUGAGCAGCGCGGCCAUUUCCAGGGCCCGGGACACCUUCCAGAUUCUCCUUUAGCCCUGUUAACUGGUUUGUGGCCUCUCCCCUAAAAGAAGAAGUUUUUGCUUAUUUGCUUUCAUUGGUCAGUUGCACACCCCUUCACUUCCUGGGUCAGCAUUACUCUUCCCAUACUGAUUUAUAAAUAAAAGACUAUCAUACUACUCUGACAGUCCUGGAGGAUCCUGGGAGUUGUUGUUUGUUCAGAGAGCUGGGAAUUGUGACUCUGUGACGUCAGCAAGCUACAGGUCCCACGAUUCUGCUUGACAAUCAAAGGGGCUUGAUUGUGCUUUAAACACAUGGGGUGGAUAUGACCUGAGAAGCUAUUGCUAGUUACCGUAUUUUUCGCUCCAUAAGACGCACCAGACCAUAAGACGCACCUAGUUUUUGGAAGAGGAAAACAAGAAAAAAAUAUUCUGAAUCCUAGAAGCCAGGACAGCCAGUGGGAUCGCAGCUCAGCGAUCCCGCUGGCUGUCCUGGCUUAUGGGAUAGCCAUGCGCAGCCUCUCCCGGGCAAGGGAUGAAGGCUCCCCUUGCCCAGGAGAGGCUGCGCGCAGCCAAGCAAGAAACGGAGCCCCUUCCAUUUCUCCUCCUGCUUCGCUGAAGGGGCGCUGCACAGAGAGGGAAAGCUGCGCAAGGCCUCUCCUGCAAAGCGAAGCCAGGAGAGCAAGAGGGAUCGGUGCGCACUGAUCCCUCUUGCUCUCCUGGCUUCAGCGAAAGCAACGCGAAGCCUCUGGAGCGCGGCUGGAGCGCUACCACUGCGCUUCGGAGGCUUCACAUUGCUUUCACUGAAGCCAUGGAGCCUGCAUUCACUGCAUAAGACGCACACACAUUUCCCCUUAAUUUUGGAGGGGGAAAAGUGCGUCUUAUAGAGCGAAAAAUACUGUAUCCUGUACGUUGACAAAUAACAGCAAAACACCUCUCCUACAUUCAGUACGUUCUGGCUAUGAUCCACAAAAGAACAGUUGGUUUAAUAAGCCCUUAACUUGCUUGAACUUCUAUUCUCACAGAAGAUACUUUGGCCAGGAUGCAAUGAGAUUCAUUUGUUACUUCCUCGCAUUUGACUGUUCAGACAGAAGCAAUAAAGCGGAAGUGUAUUUUGCGAGUUUGGGAGUUGGCUCUUUCUAGACAGAUAAACCUCCAUGUAUAAACAAAAAUGCUUGCGUCAUGUUCACUGAGUAGUGUGAUAAGUAGACCAUGGAUGCUGGAUUGAUCACCAGUAAAAGCUAGGGAGAGUCCAAUCUGUCAAUCUUGGUUUCUUUCAGUUCGCCAUAUUCCAAUCAGUUUGCAUUAAAAUUAAGUCUUCAUGAAAAUUCACCAGCAUAUAUAAUCUGGCGAACACAAGGGAGAAAUUCACAGAGGGGGUGGAAUUCUAGUAAAGUUAAAGGUAAAGGAUACCUGGACGAUUAAGUCAAAUUAAAGGCAACUAUGGGGUUGCGGCGGUCAUCUUGCUUUCAGGCCAAGGGAGCUGGCAUUUGUCCACAGACAGCUUUCCGGGUCAUGUGGCCAGCAGGACUAAACUGCUUCUGGUGCAAUGGAAAACCCAUCAUGGAAACCAGAGCAGCGCACGGAAAUGCCGUUUACCUUCCCACUGCAGCAGUACCUAUUUAUCUACUUUCACUGGCGUGCUUUCGAACUGCUAGGUUGGCAGGAGCUGGGACAGAGCAACGGGAUCUCACCCCGUCGCGGGGAUUCGUACCGCCGACCUUCCGAUCAGCACGCCCAAGAGGCUCAGUGGUUUAGACCACAGCGCCACCCGUGUCCCCUGAAUUCUAGUAAGGAGCUCUGGUUUGAUGAGCAGUUUGCCUAUCUCGGUGCUGCUCACUGAUACUGUUUAGCUGUGAAAAAAUAAGCACCUCUUAGUAAGUCUGCCUAUGAUCCUCAGUGGCCUGACUUUUCUUUCAACUUGCCCUGCCUCCUACCUUUCAGUGCAUUUAUUAUAUUGUUUUACAUCUACUGGUUUAAUUUAUUGCCGUACAGUUCACUUGGCCUCCACCAUGCAUUUUAUGAUAGGGGAAUAUGAACUUUCCGCAAUAUAGCUGACAAGUCACUCCCAGACCUCAGUUUCUGUCGAAGGGGGAAACCAAAGCUGACUCAGGUGAGUUCUUAGGUCACCAUAAGCGCACAACAGUUAUUGGAAGGCAUGCAAAGAAAACGGUAGAUAAAAACGAAUAGGGGCAAAGGCUGACGUCCAUUUGAUGGAUGGGAUAAAUAUAUAUAUAAGGUCCACAAGCAGUGAUGUGCAUCCAGCUACCCAGCCCCCAAUCCCCUCUGGGGCUGAUCAUGUUGCCACCGCAGAGCAGGGUUGUAAUCUGCAACUCGUGAGGGAGAACAGAUUUUUAUCAUGUUUCAGCAGUCAUACAAAGCAGGGCGAGCGGGAAUCUCAAUGGACUUUGAAUGAAGGACCAUUUCCCAAGCAGUAUAAGGUAAAGGUAAAGGACUUUACCUUAUACUGAAUGAAGGACCAUUUCCCAAGCAGUAUAAGGUAAAGGUAAAGGACCCCUGGAUGGUUAAGUCCAGUCAAAGGCAACUAUGAGGUUGUGGUGAUCAUCUCGCUUUUCAGGCCGAGGGAGCCGGCAUUUGUCCACAGACAGCUUUCUGGGUCAUGUGGCCAGCAGGACUAAACCGCUUCUGGCGCAAUGGAACACCAUGACGGAAACCAGAACGCACGGAAAUGCCAUUUACCUUCCCGCCACAGUGGUACCUAUUUAUCUACUUGCACUGGCGUGCUUUCAAACUGCUGGGUUGGCAGGAGCUGGGACAGAGCAAUGGGAGCUCACCCUAUUGCGGGAAUUUGAACCACCAACCUUCUGAUCGGCAAGUACAAGAGGCUCAGUGGUUUAGACCAUAGCGCCACCUGCGUCUGCAGUGGAUAUAUAACUACCUGAAAAGCCAAAUAUUUAUGGCUUGUGGAGUAACACUCAUGUAGUCAGCUUUUGUCUGGUCUGGGCUAUACCAAUUCAGCUUGCAGUCAGGAGAACUCACAUGACUGGGGGCACCUCUACUCCCCUCUGCCUCUGCUCCAAUUCUCCCAUUUAUAAAAUCAGAUAUCAAGGAGAAUUCAUCUCACAUUUUUUCUUAGAGUCAUACUGUGGCGUUCGUACGGAGCCCCCGGUCGUCUCACGGACUAUUGACCCGUACACCACUAAUCCGCUGCCACCAAACAGGUCCUCCCGGUAAAUCACUUAGUCUCAGUCAGGUUCUUAAGUUAACAAUGAAGAUUGUAGUUUAUUGCAAACACAAACAAACUUUAAAUGCAUUUGAAACGCUGUUACCCUUUACCCUUAUUUUAGUCUUAUUUUAUUCUGUCUCUAACUCUUCUACCUCCCCUCACACAAGAACCAACUGCACUAACUGUCUCUCUAUUUCCAUCUGUCUGCCAACUGCUUUCCCAACCAACCAACCAACUAACUAACUAACUAAACCUGGGGCUAAGCCCUUUUAUAAACAGGUAGGCUCUGCCUCUGGAUUUUCUAUUGGUCCAGCUAUUAACUCUUUCUCUCCCCCUGUACAGACAUUUUCAAAAGAACGGGCAAACGCCACACAUGCCAUCAUAGAUUGUAGAGUUGGAAGGGACCCAGGGGUCAUCUAGCCCAACCCCCUGCAAUGAAGGAGUCUCAGCUAAAGCAUCUAUGACAGAUGGCCAUCCAACCUUUGCUUAAAAACCUCCAAGGAAGGAGAGCCCACCACCUUCUGAGGGAGACUGUUCCACUGCCAAACAGCUCUUACUGUCAGAAGGUUCUUCCUGAUAUUUGGUCCGAAUCUCCUUGUAACUUGUUUUGAGUCCUACCCUCAAGAGCAGCAGAAAACAAGCUUGCUGCAUCUUCCAUGUGAUAGCCGUUGGGAUAUUUGAAGAUGGCUAUCCUCUCACUUGGGACACUGGUGGCGCUGUGGGUUAAACCACAGAGCCUAGGACUUGCUGAUCAGAAGGUCGGCGGUUCGAAUCCCUGCGAGGGGGUGAGCUCCCGUUGCUUGGUCCCUGCUCCUGCCAACCUAGCAGUUGAAAAGCACGUCAAAGUGCAAGUAGAUAAAUAGGUACCGCUCUGGUGGGAAGGUAAAUGGCGUUUCCGUGCGCUGCUCUGGUUCGCCAGAAGUGGCUUAGUCAUGCUGGCCACAUAACCUGGAAGCUGUACGCCGGCUCCCUUGGCCAAUAAAGCGAGAUGAGCGCUGCAAUCCCAGAGUCGGCCACAACUGGACCUAAUGGUCAGGGGUCCCUUUACCUUUACCUUUAUCCUCUCACUUGCCUCUUUUCCAGGCUAAACACACCUGGCUCCUUCAACCGUUCCUCAUAGGGCUUGGCUUCUAGAUGCUUGAUCAUCUUAGUUGCCCACCUCUGCACACGUUCUUGGUAUUGUAGAUUUCCAUAGGUGCCAACUCCCUGGGGCUCCGGGCGCCCAAGCACCCACAAAAUUUCCCAUGAAGGGGUCAGGCACUCACAAAUUUCAGUGCCAGAGCCAUGCAGACAGCAGGUUACCCAUGGUCGCGGGUCCAAGCCAACACUCUUGUAGCUUUCUGUGUGCAGGGGAUUUGUUUCCUAAAAUGGCCGCGGGAUGGUUUUGUUGAAGCAGAUGGUUUUUAGAAAAGUGUGCCCUGCAACAAAAUGUUGCAGUGCCUAGAGCACUUGGUUCAGGCUUCCUGUUUUCUCGCCUCAUCACUUAGGAUUUCUUUUCUGGAGUUUUCUUUCACUCUUCUGCAAACCUGGAGGUUCACCCAAGUCUCUUGUGAAUGGAUGGUGCUGUUUUGGCCUACAUAAGUAUUGGCACCUUUAGAAGGAGUUUGCCAUUGCUAUAAAGGACAGGGGUCAGCAACCUUUUUGAGCUGUGGGCCUGUCCAUCGUCCCUCAGACCAUGUGGUGGACUGGACUAUAUUUUGAAAAAAAAAAAUGAACAAAUUCCUAUGCCCCACAAAUAAGCCAGAAAUGCAUUUUAAAUAAAAGCGCACUUUCUACUCAUGUAAAAACACCAAGCAGACCCUACAAAUAACCCAGAGAUGCAUUUUAAAUAAAAGGACACAUUCUACUCAUGUAAAAAUAUGCUGAUUCCCGGACCGUUCAUGGGCCGGAUUGAGAAGGCGAUUGGGCUUUAGGUUGCCUACCCCUGAUACAGUGGUACCUUGGGUUAAGUACUUAAUCCGUUCCGGAGGUCCUUUCUUAACCUGAAACUGUUCUUAACCUGAAGCACCACUUUAGCUAAUGGGGCCUCCUGCUGCCACUGCGCCGCCACUGCACAAUUUCUGUUCUAAUCCUGAAGCAAACUUCUUAACCUGAGGUAAUAUUUCUGGGUAAGUGGAGUCUGUAACCUGAAGUGUAUGUAAACUGAAGCGUAUGUAACCCGAGGUACCACUGCAUAGGAGUUAAAGGAGGAAAAGGAGGCUUAACAGCCAGAGUCCCUCUGAAUCAAAGGAAAGAUUCCUGCCGCUUUUUAGCAUUCUUCAGUCAGGUAUAACAUUUCUUCAUUCAUUACCAGGAGUUAAUGGAUUAUGCCUCAAGAGUAUCUGGCAUUUUUACAAAAAAAGCAAGAUGCCAGAAUAAUAGUUCACAAACCAUGUUAACCUAAUCUCUCUCUCCCCCCCCCCCUUUAAUUUUGCUGUGGCAUUAAUGUCACUUCAUGUGAGUUUUGGCACAGAGUGCCAAGAAAGUAAAUCAACUAAAUCCCACUUUUGUGAAUGAAAUCAAUUAGCGGAUGGAUUUGGUUCCAGUGAUUAUGAAUCCAGUCGUAGCUUUGUAAGGCUUGCCGCAGCAGCGGAUGCUAAUGUUCUGCUCGAGUUAGUUUUGUGCAGUAUUAAUCAUCUUCUUCUCUUUCCCCCCCGUCACUCUUUGGGUGGUGCUGCGGAGACAUUUCAUCACACCGGAAGCUUUAAAUGUGAACUUUUAGAUGCAUUGGCUUCACAUUGUUGGGUCUGGUUGGAACCAUUUGUAAUACUUCUGUCGCAAAGGCUGUGGUACAUAGAAUCUCAAAGCCUUUGGCUAGUUAGUCUAAAGACAAAGAGUCUUCAUUCAGAAUGAUCCUUGGGUAAACAUAGAAAGCUGCCAAAUGGGAAGUGUGCACAUGAUCACUUUUCUAUAGCUGGGUUUUGAAAAUCCACAACGUAAAUCUGGUGGCAGUUGUGUGCGAUGACAGACAUAAUGGUGUUCACACAUUAUAUAUCUAUAUCUAUAUCUAUAUCUAUAUCUAUAUCUAUAUCUAUAUCUAUAACUAUAUCUAUAUCUGUAUCUAUAUCAUCUAUAUCUAUCUAUCUAUCAUCUAUCUAUCUAUCUAUCUAUCAUCUAUCUAUCUAUCAUCUAUCUAUAUUAGUAUAGUGGUACCUUGGUUCUCAAAAGCCUUGAUUCUCAAACGCCGAAACCCUGGAAGUAAGUUUUCAACAGUUUUCAAAUGUUUUUCAGCUAUUCUUUCCGGGGCGUCUGCACCAAUCAGAAGCUGUGCCUUGAUUUUCAAACAUUCCGGAAGCCUUACAGAUUAAGUUUGGCAUUUUUGAUUUUGCUAUUUAUUUUGUGUUUUUGUGGCUUUUUCGGUUCAUUUGUUUUUGUGACUGUGUGGAACCCAGUUCAGCUACUGAUGGAUUGAUGGAUUGUGUGACUAUGGAAAUGGAUAAAAGCCCCCCCAUCCAAACAAUGACUAUCAUCAGUGCAGGAAAGAAAAAAAAUUAAUUUUAAUUUUUAUCAUCUACAAUAUUGUCUUAUUUAUUUUAUAGUUCAGUACAUUGAUUAUUGCUUUCAUUUUAUGGAUCAAUGGUCUUGUUAGAUAAUAAAAUCCAUGUCAAAUUGCUGUUUUAGGGAUUGCUUUUAAAAGUCUGGAAUGGAUUGAUCCAUUUUGCACUACUGUACUUUCUAUGGGAAAGUGUGCCUUGGUUUUGGAACGCUUUGGUUUUGGAACGGACUUCUGGAACAGAUCAAGUUUGAGAACCAAGGUAUCACUGUAAGUCUAGAUUUCAUUUUGCCGACAUAUAUAUUUUCUGGCACAAAGCCAUCCUGUGAGCAACGUGGCCACAGGUCUCCCAAGAUCCCACUCUGGCACUCUAGCCACUAUGCAGCACUGCCUAGGCUUUCCCUGUGCUGGUGUGCUCUAAGUUCCUGGUGGCCACUGGAUGCAAAACAUCUCAUAUUUACACCUUUUGUGUGGCUGUUGUGUCUCCAACACAUGUGCAUCAGAUUUCACCUUUCUAAGUGGCCUGGGGUAUUUGCACCGUAUUUCACGAUCUCCACAUUUGCAGGGCAGAGACAUACAGGUGUCCUGUUUCCAAACUUUCCUAGUGAUUGGGUUGCCCUCUUGGGUGCUUAAUUCCCAAGUCCCUUUACAGAGAGAUUUGUGGUGGCGGUGGCUACCACGUAAUAAAUCGCGGCGCUGCAUUUCUCUGGCGUGUUUGCUUGUUCGGGAUUUCCUUCUGUUCCAACCUCUCUCCUGUCUUUGUGUGUGGCAUAAUUGCAUUCCCCAAAACUCCUGGCAAAAGCUGACUCAUGCUCCCCCAUCGCUUCCCGUUUUUCCCCCAUCUGCUCCAGCCCUUGUCUGCAGCCCGGCCUACUGGCAAUUGGCAGGUAGAGCAGUAAUCUAAGAGCAGCGUUCAGCAGUUGGCUUUUCUGAGCGCUGGCAGGCAGCAGACAGAAUCCACCUGCCUCAUUGGCUUGCUACUGAUUUGCCGGCCUCCAGUUCCCUUAUGUACCAGCAACAGCCUGCUCAGUCCUCCUUCCUCCCUUCCUUUCCCGUAAACGUGUUUGAGAUGAUCACUGCUUUGCAGCCGCCGCCUUCGCCUCUUUCAGCACCUCUCCAAACAAGCAUGGCUGUCGACAAGACUCUCCUCCGGAUUCUGUAAG